AGCAGCAAACAGACACAAAGAACAACGCGAGGGCAGAUAAGAUUACAGUUCGGGGUCAACAGCAUCAGCAGAGGAGCAGCGAAAUCUGUGAGGUUCAAGCGAUUGGAGUGGACGGCCGCAUUCGUGCACGAGAAGAAAUGGAACGCUGGUCGGGCAAGGUGGCCGUAGUGACGGGGGCGAGCUCUGGUAUUGGAGCUGCAAUAGCUCGGGAUCUCGUUAAACACGGCCUGCAAGUCGUCGGUCUGGCCAGACGCGUCCACAGACUUGAGGAAUUGUCUGCCGAAUUAAGCGCUGCACCCGGGAGGCUGCACCCCCUUAAAUGUGACGUCACAAAAGAAACCGACGUCCUGAUCUCAUUCGCCUGGGUGAAACAGCAGCUCGGGACACUCAAGAUAAAUGCCCUUGACAGUAUUAAGGUUAUGUUACUGUACCACUUGAAGAAUUGUUGCUGCCUGAAGUUUCUUGGUUUUACAGAUUUCAAAACAGAAGAUUGGCUGCAAAUGUUAAAUGUGAACACUGUGGGGUUAACGCUUUGCACUAGGCAAGCUAUUAAAUCAAUGAGGGAACGUGGAGUGAACGACGGACACGUAGUGUAUAUAAACAGCUUUCUAGGGCAUACUAUGUCAAAUAGCCCUGGAUUUAACAUGUAUGCAACCACAAAGCAUGCAACAACUGCCUUGGCUGAGAGUCUCAGGAGAGAAUUACUACAACUGAAAACACGAAUUAGGGUAUCGAGUAUCAGCCCUGGAUUGGUGAGGACGGAGAUGCUGAGUGCUGGUAUCACCAGGACCGUGGGUCCUGACAUAUACAACACAGUGAACUGUUUAGAACCUAAUGAUGUUUCAAAUGCUGUAGCAUAUGUUCUUGGGACACCCCCACAUGUCCAGAUACAAGAACUCAUUCUUCUUCCAACUGGACAGUCUUAAAGAAUAUUAAAAAAGAAUCUUAUUGCCAUCACUUCCAGUACUCAACAAAAUGACUGUAAAAGCAGACUUAUUUCAUAGUUACACAACUGUCUCAUCCCAGCACCCAGCAAUAACUGCAUGACUCACUACCAUGUGCUCAAAGACUUACCACACAAAUCUAGUAUAAACAAUAAACUACAUUAUAAGAGGUGCUGAAAAUGCAGACAUACACUCUCUGUAUUUAUAAUUGUUAUUAUUUUUCAUAUUGUUAAAGAAAAGAUAUUGUUAUAAGCAAUGACUACCGACCCCAAAACAUACUAAUCAAGUGAAGGAUUUCUGAAGAGCUACAAGAAAAUAUAAUUAUUUAUGUGUGUUAUAGUUAUGUAUAAAAUAUUAUUAAUAAAGGAAAAUACCCUGCUCAUA